AUGGAUUUCAUCUUCCACGUCGAUCUAUCCACAGCUUACAUCGUCCUCCGUCGGGAUUUUCUCACAUCGCAGGAUGCAAACGGGUCCCUGUCCUCCCCGGUCGGCGCGGGUUUCUACUACUCGGCCGAGGCUGCCAACGAGGCGGCGAGGGCAUAUUGCUCCAAAGAAGCCUCCAAGAAUCGGAGUUUCAUGAGCGAAAGGGCCGUACAUUUUGAGAAGAACGGGCUUUACAUUGGCGGAUGUGUCAUGCGUGCCGAGGACAGGCACAGAUUCGAGGUCAAAGUCAGGAAGCUCAGGGCGAGGGGUAGCUGGGGCGGGGGUGGGAGUGAGGUGGGGUUCGGCGACAGGAGAAAUGGUGGCUUGAAGGCCGUCGAAGAGGAAGGUGAGAGAGACAGGGAAAGAGAAAGGGAGAGCGAGAGAUCCGAGACGCCAAUGAGUUCUUUCACGUCGGAGCCAGUCCCAGACAAGACCAUGCCGACCAAGGCUGAUCGCAAGCACUUGGACGCAACAGUCUCAGCAUUCCACUCGCAGUAUGCUUCGGUUUGGGGCGAUGAGAGAUGGCAGAAGUCGUUGUAUCCUGCGCUCGCGAAGCCAACCCGUUACGCAGCGCUGGUGAAUCAAUAUGUUCCGUCGUCCGAGGUUGAUAAGGUUCUCUCGACGGGGUCAGAAGGCGAACUGCGCCGAAUACAAUUUCCAGAAUUCCCCUUAGGGGAGGAGGUCGAAAUGACAAUAAGGCCCAGUAUCGUGGCUCUAGAAAAUAUCUCACCAGACGCACCGCAAGCAACAGGAGAAUCUGAAUCCAGAGAGGCAGACGCCAGCGAGAAGCCUAACAAGCAGCAAGACACCUUCCUUUUCCCUCCACCAAAGGCCAUCCAUACACAGCCAAGUUCCGGCAAAGAGCUACAGUCGCAUUGGAACCUGGACGCGGCCUCGGCGCUCUGCGCCCACAUGCUCAAUGUCCAACCUAACGACCGCGUGCUGGACCUCUGCGCCGCGCCAGGCGGUAAGUCCGUUGCCCUGGCCCAGCUGAUAUUUCCACACCUCCACGCCGGCUCAACGGCCCCUGCGCCGUCAAAUAUGGGCUGCCUGCACUCCAACGAGGUCGACCACGCCCGCAACAAGCGCCUGACCGCCAAUCUGCGUGCGUACCUCCCUGAGUCGCUCUUCGAGAGCAACGCUGUCAGGGUCCUACGGCUGGACGGCUCCGACGCGCGGGCCGUGACCCAGCUUCCAUGCAGGCCUGGCGGGUACGACCGAGUCCUGUUGGAUGCGCCGUGCUCGUCGGAGCGGCACAUCAUCCACGCGCACGUGAGGGCUGCUGCGGGCGGGAGGGUAGCAGACGAGAUGGCGCGGUGGAGGAGGGGAGGGUCCAAGACACUGGCUAAGCUGCAGACGGAGCUGCUCAUGACGGCUCUCAAGGCGGUCAAGGUCGGGGGCAGGGUGGUGUACUCUACGUGCUCGAUCGAGACUGGUGAGAACGACGGUGUGAUCGAGAAGAUGUUGGCGGCGGUCGAGAAGGACAAGAAGAAGUUUGGUCUGUCCUGGGGCGUUACAUUCGAGCUGGGCAGUAAGUUGAAGAAGAAGGCAGGGCCGAUGGACGAGGCUCUCGAGAACUUCACGGAGGAGACAAAGUAUGGCAGGAUCGCGGUCCCGGAUCAUAAGGAUGGGAAACAGUGGGGUCCAUUGUUCUUCUGUGUUAUCACAAAGACCUCUGGAAAGUCUUGA